AUGUUCCGCAAACCGAAAAGCCGGAAUAUCCGCCAAAGACAGACCAACUUCCACGAGGAUGAUUCGGACGAAAGUCCCGUAAAGCAAGCCAAAGAAGAGCCGAAAGCAGAGCAGGUGCGCACUGACAGUUUCCCUAAGGGGGUUCUGAGUUUUAACGAAAGCGAAGGUCGGUUUAUUUUGAGACCAAUCUUUGCUUUAGGGCUUUUUUGAUAGGCCAGAAAUUCGGGAUUUUUUGAAAAAAAAAAAAUUUUUUUUUAAUACUGUUGAAACUUUUUUCACCGGUUCGAAAGGUGAUUUUGGAACAGCUAAAAAUAAUUUUGCGCUGAUUUUUUGAGAGAAAAACUUGGAAAUUUCAAAAAAAAAAAAAAUAAAUUUUCGAAAUUAAAAAAAUUUUUUUUGUGGUAAAACAUGUUUAUGUUUUAGAAGAUGACAUAGUCUCAUUCAAAUUGAAGAAGGACAAGACUGGAAUUAAAACGAAGAAAUCGCAUCGCCUCAGGAAACGGGUCAAAAGCGAGGUCUCCGAAGAUGAAGAAGAUCACAAAUUGCAUGUAAAAACAGAGAUCAUAGAAGAGGAAGAGGAUAUCAUAAUUGAAGAAGAGAUAAAACCGAAGAAAAAGGUGAGAAAUUUGGAAAUUUUUUAUUUUUUUUGAAAUUUUAGUGAUCAAGUGUAAUAUAUGAAUGUGGAUGAAAAGUGAUCGAAAUGAGGCUUACACUGCUUUAAGACGUUCCUGAGGUUUCUAGAGCAUGAAUUAGUUGAGAUAUGAGGUUUUUAAAUCGAAAAUCCCAAGUUUUUUUUGCGAUUUUUAGACAAAAAUCGCUUAAAAAAGUGCCUUUUGAAGAUGCAUGAUGAACGAAUAAAUAUAAAUUUGCUUUCAGAAUGACCCGACCCGAAUUCCAGACGAAGAAUCGUACCGAUAUCAAGCCAUUAGUCAAUCAACAUCAGCACAUUCAGAUGACACCCGAGCCAAAUUCUCCUCGCUUUCCACGAUUCCGGACGAGAAAAUGAUCUACGAAGCCAGAAAACGGCGCCAGGCCAUGCGAGAGGGCGGACAGAUGGAACAACAGGGAGCUCUGAACCUGGAUGAACCCCUCAGUUUGGACAAAAAGGCCUCGGCUUCGAGGCUGGUCAGAGAAGACGAAAACGACCUCAGCGAUGAAGAACAGAGUGGGAGAUUUAUUUCAUCAUCCAACUUGUUGAUGGACGAGGAACAGAAGAAGAGAAAUGAACAGCUGGAAGCGCUGAGAAUGGAGCAGGGAAGUGAUGAUGAAGAACAGAAGGAAUCGGAUGACGAAGAACUCCAGAGAUGGGAACAGGAACAGAUCAAAAAGGCUGUUAGUCAGAAAAAAGUGAGUAGUGGAGAGAUUGCUUUGGUUUGGAAGCAAAUCCGGGGGAUUUUGGGGAAAUUCAGGUUUUCGUGGCGGGACCCAAAUUUUGAUUUUUGAACAUGUGUUUUGGAAUUAGGGGUAGAUUUUGUUUUGUUUUUAAGCUUCAGCUUAUUUUAAACAAAAAUUGCGGUUAAAUUCCGAAAUGAAAGGUUUUCGUGGCGGGACACAUCUUUUUUUAUAAAACGUUAAAAUUAGUAGUACAGACGGAAAAAAAGGCUGUUAGUCAGAAGAAGGUGAGUAAUACAGGGUUUGCCUUGGUUUGGAAGGAAAUCCGGAGGAUAUUGGGGGUUUCAGGUUUUCGUGGCGGGACCCAAAUUUAGAUUUUAAGCAUGUUUUUUGGAAUUAGAGGUAAAUUUCGUUUUGGUUUUAAAUUUCUAGACAUGGAAAACGUAUUUUAAACAAAAAUUGCUGCUAAAUUCCGAAAUGAAAGAGGGUUUCGUGGUGGGACACAAAUUUUGGUUUUUAAACUUGUUUUUUUUUGGACGCAACCUGAUUUUUGUAAAACUGUAAAAUCUCAUAUUGUAAAUGUAUGAGCUCACAGUCCAUGGCAAAAUAUCAUUUUUUGAGAAAAAAUCGACGAAGAUCUGCCGUCUCAGGUUUUCGUGGUGGGACCCAUAUGGACUCCAUUUGUGUCAAAUGUUAAUUGUAAUUUGAUGAAUCAUUGUUCCAAAAUAGAGAAUUUGAACUCAAUUAGUUUUUUGCUCUCUUUCCCAAUUGAAAUAACAGUUUUUAUUUUUAUCGGAUACCUAAAAUAAUAUAAUUUUAGAUCACCGAAUUCAAAACCGAAUAUGCGGCCACGAGACGCUUUAAUCAAGGCCCAGCCACCCUGCAGGACAUGGGAAUGAUUCUGGAUGAUGAGGACAUGGAAAUCGAUCAAGAAGGAGCUCAUCAAAUGCCCGCCUUCUUCAACCCGGAUGGAACCUACAAAGUCAGCCAUAAAUAUCACAGCAUGGCCGAUCUGAUCGAGCAAUUGGAAAUAUCGUAAGUCUUUGAAAGUGAAGUUGAAUGUUUGUGGAUUGAAUUGGCUGGAAAAGGUGGUUUUAAAGGAAAAAAAUUGAAAUUUUUUAGUUAUAGGUAGUGAGGUGAUGGGUAAUAUAAAUAUAAUAUUUUUGGACAGUAGUUUGUAGAAAGAGUAGUUUUAGAGAGGAUUAAUUGGCAUUUUCUACUGAUUGGAAUAUAAAUUGGGUUUGGUUUUCCGAAAGAGUUGAGAUUUUUGGAUUUUUUAGGUAUCAGAGUCAAAAAUUUUAAAAUUUUGGUAAUUUUUCGAUUGAAAAAAAUGAAUUUUUGGCGCAAAUAUAAACUGUAAGACCCUUGCAGACAUUUUGAAGAAAAAAAAUCCACAAUUUAGACUUGAUUUUUUACCGAAAUUAUCAAUUAUAUUACACAUGACCUUUACAGAAGAGGGAAAAAAUUGGAACUGUUGCAAAUGAAGAAAGAUGAAUACGAAAACAAUCAGCGCAACCUCAAAAUCGACCAGGAAAGUGUUUUCCAGCUAGCCGAGUCGAAUGGAAAGCUAGAAUUGUACUACAAAUUAUAUCAGGAGAUGAAAUUUUUCACGGACAAUGUAAUGGACUGCCUGAAUGAAAAGGUGAACGAGAUCAACGAAAUCGACGGCCUCUUUAUGGAUCUGUACAAAACCCGCGCCGAUGACAUCAGCAGACGAAGGGCGGAAGCGAAACGGCGCGCGAAAUACAACAGGAACGAGGAAUGGAACAGUGAAAAUGAAGAGAGCACGGAGACAGAGGCCCUCAGAGAAAAUAUUGGUGAGUUUGGGAGGAGUGAGGAUGGAAAAUUUUGUUUUUAAGGUGGAUAAAACUGUAGGCUGUGGUUUUUUUUGAUUUUGGAAAUUUUUGGAUUUUUUGAAAAAUUUUGAAACUUUGAACUUUUUAAGUGGAGUGGUAUACGGUAAAGACAAUAUAAAAAAUUUUUGCAUCUUGAAUUUUUUGAUUUUUCCAAAAAAAAUUUAAAAAUAAGUCAUCAUGACACAUUUUUUUGAAAAAAUUUUGAAACUGGUUUUUUAGGUGUGUUGGGGUGCCGUAAAGACAAUCUAAAAUUUUAUUGCACCCUAAAUUUUUUGAUUUUUUUCCAAAAAAAUUAAAUAAGUCAUUAUGACACAUUUUUGGAAAAAUUUUGAAAUUCCGAAUUUUUCAAGAGUGGUCCUAAAGCUAGACCCUAAAGUCAAGAUAUUUUUUUUGCACCUUGAAUUUUUUGAUUGUCCAAAAAAAAGUCAUCAUGACACAUUUAAUCAAAAAAGUUGAUAAUCUUUUAUUUUCAGCGAAAUUCCAUCAACGAGCAUCCACCAUCUUCGCCGAUGCCUCCGCCGAAUACCAUGAUCUCAAUCAAAUUUAUCGCCGAUUCAUCGACUGGCUAACUCAAGAUCCCAAAACAUUCCAAGACGCCUACAUUGAUGAAUGCAUCCCGAAAUUAAUCACACCGUUGGUCAGAAUGGAGCUUUUUGAGUGGAAUCCGUUACUUCCGAAUAACCCAAAAAUUUCUUCAAUGGAGUGGUAUAAAGCUGUGUUACGACUGGGAUUUGAUAACACGGAGAUUGAUGUAGAUCAUAAAGUGAUAAUCGGCUUGAUCCCCAAUAUUGUGGAGAAAAUUUUGAUACCGAAAUUGACUAGUAAGUUGAAAUUUUGGAAUGAUUUUUGGGAUUUUUUGAAUUUUUGGUCGAUUUUUUAAAUUUUUGGUCGCUUUUAGGCAAAAUUUUGGUAUUUUUGCUUUGUUUUUUGCCGUUUUCUAAUCUGAUUAUUGUUCCAGAGAUAGUUGAGCACCAGUAUGACCCAUCAUCCACCACGCAAACCCUUAGGAUCACCUCGGAAAUCAACAAUUUGGUCAACACUUUCCCCAGCCUUAACUCAAAGUCAAGAAUCUUCAGAAAAUUGUUGAUAACCCUUAAAGAAAAGGCCCAAGGACUAACAGAUUUUGAGAUGCGGAUCCCAGAACAUUUGAGGGGAAUCGUGACAACGAUAUCGAGGAAGAAUGACCAUCAACAAGAUGAUAUUGCAGCCUUGUUGGCAGCUUCAAAAAGUGUCAUGAAAUAG